CUCCUUCGCCUCUUCCCUCCUCUCCCUCUCCCUCCUCUUCUUCUCCUCCUCUGCUUGCGAUCGUAAACCUAACAAAGCCAAGAGAUCGAGUGGGAGGAGGGGAAGAAGAAGAAGAAGAAGAGAAGGAGCUCAGCCAUGGCGGCGGCGGUGGCGAAGGCGACGGAGAACGGGUCGGCGGCGGCGGAGAUAGGGAGGCCGACGAAUCCAAUGGUGACGCCGAUGCUCACGGACUUGUACCAGUUCACCAUGGCAUACGCCUAUUGGAAGGCGGGGAAGCACCUCGAUCGAGCCGUGUUUGAUCUGUACUUCAGAAAGAACCCCUUUGGUGGUGAAUACACUGUCUUUGCUGGUCUUGAAGAAUGCAUCCACUUUAUAGCCAAUUUUAAGCUCAAAGACGAGGAUAUAACUUUUCUGAAGUCAGUCAUGCCGACAAUACAUGAGGAGGGAUUCUUUGACUACCUAAAGGAAAUCGACUGUUCUGAUGUGGAGGUAUACGCCAUUCCUGAGGGUUCUGUUGUUUUUCCAAAGGUCCCCUUGAUGAGAGUUGAAGGACCAGUUGCUGUGGUUCAACUGCUUGAGACUCCAUUUAUCAAUCUAGUUAAUUAUGCCUCUUUGGUGACAACAAAUGCUGCACGGCACCGCUUUGUAGCAGGAAAAUCGAAAAUUCUACUUGAAUUUGGACUUCGACGAGCACAGGGUCCUGAUGGUGGAAUAAGUGCUUCAAAAUAUACCUAUAUUGGAGGAUUUGAUGCAACAAGCAAUGUAGCUGCUGGAAAGUUGUUUGGCAUUCCACUUCGUGGGACACAUUCUCAUGCUUUUGUCAGCUCAUAUAUGAGCAUCGAUGAGAUACUGGACAAAGCACUUAAGAGUCAUGAUGGCUCAAGAGUUUGUGAGGAUUUUGUUAGUCUGGUCCAGACUUGGCUCAGCAGAAUUCAGCUUGCAGGUUCUUUGCAUGGUGUGUUUGGUGAGACAAAUCAAAGUGAGCUUGCUGCGUUCACUUCAUAUGCAUUGGCAUUUCCACACAACUUUCUAGCGCUUGUAGACACUUACGAUGUUAUGCGAAGUGGACUUCCAAACUUCUGCGCAGUAGCUUUAGCACUUAACAGUUUGGGGUAUAAACCAUCUGGAAUUAGAUUGGAUUCUGGUGAUCUAGCUUAUCAGUCAAAUGAAGCUCGAAAGUUCUUUCGUGCGAUAGAAAAGGAAUUCGGCAUCGCUGGUUUUGGGGAAAUGGCUAUUACCGCUAGCAACGAUCUGAAUGAGGAAACAAUAGAUGCCUUGAAUAAGCAGGGACAUGAGGUAGAUGCCUAUGGAAUUGGGACUUAUCUUGUAACAUGUUAUGCUCAAGCAGCUCUUGGUUGUGUAUUCAAGUUAGUCGAGAUUAAUAAUCAGCCUCGCAUCAAACUAUCGGAGGACAUAGCGAAGGUGUCCAUACCAUGUAAAAAAAGAUGCUUCCGCUUGUACGGAAAAGAAGGCUACCCAUUGGUAGAUAUAAUAUCUGGGGAAAGUGAACCGCCUCCUAAGGCAGGUGAGCGCAUUCUCUGUCGUCACCCCUUUAAUGAAUCUAAGAGGGCAUAUGUCGUUCCUCAGCGUGUGGAGGAGCUUCUAAAGUGUUAUUGGCCUGGAAAUUCAUGUAAACCAAGAGAAGAACUACCAUCGAUAAAAAAGAUUAGAACUCGAUGCAUGCAGCAGCUGGAACAAAUGCGACCGGAUCAUAUGAGGCGCUUAAACCCUACACCUUACAAGGUGAGUGUGAGUGGAAAGUUGUACAACUUCAUCCACUUCCUAUGGCUCAACGAGGCGCCGGUGGGUGAAUUGCAGUGAGAUGCUGAACUGGGUCGAAUCAGGAUAUCCAAGUGCUAUGAUCUUAGAAACAAGGGAGCGUGUUUGAAGAGUUUUAUGCUUUGAAUAUUUAGUCACGGUGAAAAUAAAAUUCCUGUAACUUUGUUUGUAUAGCUUUUCGUUUUGUCCAUUAUUUGCACAGAGACCAUUUGGGUAGCUAUUUUCGUGUUUUAACCGACCGUCCAUAGCGCAAGUGGCAAAGGACUUGGUGGUUGGUACUCGAGAUUUUAAGUUCGAAUCUUAGUUGAUUUACAUUUCCAGCUAAGUUUAAAUGAAA